AUGGUGUGCGAGAUUGACGUGGAGAUGGUGCAUGAGAUUGACAUGGACACGGUGCCUGGUGUUGAUGUCGACACGGUGCAUGUGAUUGACGUGUGCACGGUGCAUAAGAUUGACAUGGACAGCGUGGAUGAGAUUGAUGUGGACACGGUGCGUAAGAUUGACGUGGACACAAUGUGUUUGAUUGACGUGGACACGGUGUGUGUGAUUGACAUGGACAUGGUGUGCGAGAUUGACAUGGAGAUGGUGUGUGAGAAUGACGUGGAUAUGGUGCCUGGUGUUGAUGUCGACACAGUGCAUGUGAUUGACGUGUGCACAGUGCAUAAGAUUGACAUGGACAGUGUGGGAAUGAACAGAAAGGAAUUGAAACCACCCCAUCACCAAGGACCUCAUAUACUGGGCCUUCAAAAAGUAUAUGUUCAGUUAAAGAAAGAAAGGAAACUGCAGUUUGCCACUGGUGGGCAAGCAUACCUGCUUCCCAAAACAUCGGUGGUCAUCAAGUGUCCUGUUAGAAGAUUCCGGAAAUCCAUGAUAACAUGGGAGAAAGAUGGAAAACAUUUGUCAAGCUCUCCCCAUGUCACUGUCACUCAUUUAGGUUAUAUCAAAAUAAAUCAUCUGAAGCCUGUAAAUAUUGGCACCUAUACAUGUGUAGCUGGGCUUGUGCGUGAUAAUUUUGUGAUUAAAAUAAUUGGAAACAACAAGAAACUGAUUGAGUCACCGUCCAGUAACCAGGAAGCAGGCAUUGGGAAUGGAAUUUCAAAUAAAGCACUAAGUCCCAAGGACAAAUAUCUGCCUGGUUUGAAGAUGAAUGGUAGCAUGUCGGACAAAAAUCAAUUCUUCUUAAACUGCCAGAGUCAAUAUGAUGGAAUUAUUCUUAAACUCCUGGAGAUAAAAGGUUGGUCUCAAGACAGCCUAGAUUCAAGGGAGUCCCAGGGAUCCACAGAGAAGGACUUCACAUCUGUAGAGGAUGCUAGCAUGGAGUCUAUCAUUCCAUUAACAUACGUAAUAGAUCAGGUAAGAUUGGAAGAAAUUAGGAGGGCCAUAUCACAGCAGACUGAUGAUCUGAAGGAUGUCUAUGCUACCCAAAUUAUUGGCCAGUUAGUUGCUGAGAUUUCCAAGGGCCAACCAGAUACCAAUAAAUCCAAACAGAAACAUGGGGAGAGAAACUCUGACACCAGUUCGGUGAAACCUUCUUUCCAUAAAUUUGCUACCAAUGAUCAUGGAGUAUCAAAAUUAUCCUCAGUGGAUUGGUCCAGUUCUAAGGAAUCUAUUCAUACAUCUAAAGAGUUAAUCAAGGCACCAGUAAUACUGCAAAAGACCAAUGACAAAGGGCUGUCUCUGUCAGCAGAGGUCAUUGCUGAUGUGGGGCACACAAUAUUGCUGACUGACUGGACCCAUAAAUUGAUGUUGAGGUGUGAAGCAGAAGGAAACCCAAAACCUGUCAUUAGCUGGACAAAGAAUGGCCAAAUGUUGAAAUACAGCCACAGGUUGGAUGAAGUAGCAGUUGUGGAUCAUUUUGGAGAUAGUGACUAUAAUACAGUUCGAUUGAGCAUUAUUAUGGAAAAAGAUAAAGAUAGAACAGGCAUAAAAGUUCUAAAUCGGGGGAAGACAAAUUUUACAAAGCUGGGAGAACACACCUGGGCAUCAACCAUUGAAAUGAGUGGGAUUAAAUUAGACAGCUUCUAUAAGGCACUCCAAUACAAAAACCGGAAAGGUUUCCACUUGCGCAAUGGACAGCUGGUCUGUGACCAUGAGAAACUGAUCCUGCAGACUCUGCUACCCUCCUGGUGGAACCACGUGUGCAUGGAAAUGGGCAUCAAAUUGGAAUUAACGGCCUGGAUCUUCCUCAAAGCGGCAAUCAACAUCGAACUGCCACUCCGCUUGAACUUUUCCAUGCCUGGACAUUGCUCCACAUUUCUUGCUGGGUCUCCUGAGCCCGACUGCCCCCGAAAUGCAGAAUGCAGUGUCCGUGUUCCUGAGCCUACAGUCAGCUGGACAAAAUACCAGGGUUCACUUGAUGGGAAUGUUCUGCUUUUCCAGAAUGGAUCUCUCUCAAUAAUUAAUGCCAAUUUAGCAAAUCAGGGAUUAUACUCUUGUCAUGCAUCAAACACUCUUGGCCAAGUGAUGGCAACAACAAAUCUGCUAUUACACGAUCCCCCAAGAGUCUCACUCGAAUUGAAGGACUUGCUCCAACAGUUUGCACUCACUGGGUCUGAAGCUUACACAAUAUUUGCUACUAUUCCUGGAAUUAAAGAAGUGUUGAGUUCUGGAAGCAGUGUUCUGGUUGGCUGUCCUGUUAAAGGCCAUCCAAAACCCAGCAUCAGCUGGCUGCAUAAUGGCAAAAUCAUAAGCACAGGGUUAGGAGAGAAACAUCAGAUCUUAGCUUCACAACAGAUUCUUCAAAUCCUAACAGUCACAAAGGGAUAUCGAGGUAAUUACAGCUGUGUAGCUCGGAAUGAAGCUGGCAAUAUCACACUGAUGCUUACACUGGAGAUAGCAGCUCCAAAGUUGAAUUAUCGAGACAAUUUCAGUUCCUUUGUCUCUGUGUUAGAGUACGCGUGGUUGAUUGGUGAGCUCAUUCCAUGCUCAGCACCAUGUGGGAAUAAAGGUUUGCAGUUUCCGAAGUUAAAGUGUCUGAGGGACAACAGCAUUGAAGUUGACAAGUGUCACUGCAAGAGCAAGCCUCAACCAGAUAUCCGUGUGGUUGCUUGUAACGUAAGGGAUUGUCCUCCUCGGUGGAUUGUGAGCAGUUGGUCCCCUUGUCCUCAGUACUGCGGGGGAGGGACUCAGAGGCGUCUGGUCAGUUGUCAGAAGGUGACAGCAGCUGGAAUACUUCUCGAUCUGUCACCCGGCUUCUGUGCUCAGUCAGGAAAGAAACCAGUGGAUUCCCAGACCUGUAACAGGCAGCCAUGUUCAGAAUGGUUCACUUCAAAUUGGGGACAGUGCACUAGCCAGUGUGUGGGGCUGAGGCUGGGGAUGCAACAUCGUCAUGUAUUCUGUCAGUCACAGAAUGGAACCAAGUUACCGUCUCACCAAUGCAGCAGUAACACAAGGCCACUCAGCAGACAGAACUGUACCUCAGAUCUUUGUACUGUCCAGUGGCGCAGUAGUUCCUGGACAUCAUGCACCGCUUCCUGUGGCAAUUACGGCUUUCAGUCCAGGCGGGUGGAGUGUGUGCAUCUGCAGACAAACCAACAAGUGAGAGAACAAUUCUGCUCCUGGAAGCAGAGGCCAGUGAACUGGCAGAGAUGCAAUAUCAUCCCCUGCGAAAAAUCGGAAUGCAGAGACACAACCAGAUACUGUGAAAUGGUAAAGCGACUAAACCUGUGCCCUUUGUCCCAAUACAAACUUCGCUGCUGUGAAUCCUGCAGGGACAUCUGA